AUGCCUCCCAUUCCAAUACCUACCACUCCAAGAAUCGUCAUAUAUUAUCAGACGCAACACCAUCCUGAUGGCAGAUCAUGUUCCAUAUUACCCGUCAUCACUCAGCCAAAUAUUGCCGUAACGCAUGUGAAUGUCGCGGCAAUCCAUCUCAAUGAUCCCCCAGGAAAUAUAACUCUGAACGACCAUGUACCUCACCAUGAACGAUACAUGACAAUGUGGGCCGAGCUCCGAAUUCUUCAAGCCUCCGGAAUAAAAGUGAUGGGAAUGCUUGGUGGGGCAGCAAAAGGUUCAUUCACUCGACUUGACCUAGACGAAGCCACAUUCGAACUCUACUACAUUCCUCUGCGGAACCUUAUUCGCGAACGCGGUCUCGAUGGUUUAGAUCUAGAUGUCGAGGAAGAGAUGUCACUCGCUGGAAUCAUACGAUUGAUUGAUCGACUGAAGGUAGAUUUUGGGUCUGCGUUUAUCAUUACGCUUGCGCCUGUUGCUGCAGCUUUGAUAUCUGAACGCCCGGAGCACAAUUUGAGUGGGUUUAAUUAUGAGGCGCUGGAGGUGAUGAGGGGAAGUAGUAUCGAUUGGUAUAACACGCAAUUUUAUUGCGGAUGGGGCGAUAUGAGUAAGACGGCCGGAUAUGAUAUGAUGAUGAUGAGGGGAUGGCCUGCACAUAAAGUCGUGGUGGGUAUGGUCACGAAUCCUGGAAAUGGUAGUGGCUGGGUUCCUUUUGAGAUAUUGCAAGAAGUCCUCAUCAAUCUGAAGUUGAGAUACCCAACAUUUGGUGGUGUGAUGGGUUGGGAGUAUUUCAAUUCUCUACCGGGGGACAGCGAUAGACCAUGGGAGUGGGCGGCUUGGAUGACCGGAGUUCUUGGCAAAUUGCCGAUAGCUGAGCCUUCUAACACAAGUGUUGUGGUGGAGAAGCAGAAACCGCUCGUGAGCAGGAAUGUGGAUGAAGAUCUCAAAGGGGAUGCACCUUUACCUUCGGAAUUUGAGUAUCAUUCCGAGGGCCUAGUAGAAAAUUAA